CGCUUAGUUGGACACCCGCAGCCAGUGACCACCUGUGUAGGUGUCAAUUUCAAGUGGACCAGUGCUACCAUGUCCCGAUCUUGGGUCAGUCCUGGCGUAGCGUACCUCGCACGGGGCUUGCUUUCCGUUGUUGUUCCGGCCGCUUCCUCCAUCAUUAUCGUAGCACGCCUGGCCUCUCUCAAAGGCGUACGAGUUUCUCCAUGGCUUAUAUCUGCAUUGGUUUUGGGUGCAGCGCCUCUCGGGUUUGCGGCUUACGUUCUUGUGGAUGGGAGAUCGCAACAACGAAAGGCCAAUCGACUCGGUGCAAGACUUGUUCCUCGUGUCCGGGGUAAAUGGCCUGGAAAUCUGGACAAGGUAGUGAAUAUGGUCAUGAGAUCUGAAAAUGAAUACCUAGCACGACCUUUAGAGGACGAGAUCAAGGUGCUCGGGCCGACUAUCAAUUUUCGUUUUUUUUGGGAGGACCUUAUCAUGACCACGGAGCCACAACACAUCAAGACUAUUCUCGCAACUGACUUCGAUAACUAUGUCAAAGGUACCAAGUUCAGAGAAGCAGCUGACUCUGUCCUUGGAACGGGCGUAUUUAAUUCAGAUGGUGAAAUCUGGAAGCUUCACAGAACCAUGACAAGGCCAUUCUUCACUCAUGAUCGGAUAAGUCACUUUGACAUCUUUGACCGUCAUGCGGAUCAUGCUAUCGCUUUGGCGAAGGAACGCUUCAGAGCGGGCUUGGCAGUUGACUUCCAAGAUCUCAUCUCCAGAUUUACGCUUGACUCCGCAUCGGAGUUCCUAUUUGGACACUGUAUCGAGACACUUUCCGCUGGACUCCCUUACCCUCAUAACGCAACAGAAUCCACAAAUGCUACUCAAGGAGACAACGCCGCCACAGCCUUCGCAUAUGCUUUCUCUCAAGCUCAACAGGGAAUAAAUCGGCGUCUUUCUAUUGGGCAGACCUGGCCACUCACUGAGAUUCUUGCUGACAGCACCGCGCAACAUAUGAAAGUGGUAGACGCAUUUUUAGAUCCGAUUCUCAAAGACGCUCUGGAGAAGCAUAGCACGGCCGUUGAGUUUGACAAAAAUGAAUUCGCAGACGACCAAACCCUUGUGGACCAUCUCGUAAAUUUGACGUCAGGUGAGAUAGCAUGUUACGACAGAAUUUCUGUUGUUGCAAUAUCCUUUUCAGACUUCAAAAUCAUCAAAGAUGAGACAUUAAAUAUAUUACUGGCCGGAAGAGAUACGACAGCCACAACAUUAACAUCAGCUGUUUAUUUGUUGGCAAUGCAUCCUGAGUUCCUCACUCGACUCAGGGAAGAAAUCAUAUCGAAGGUUGGGCUGACUCGCAGACCCACAUAUGAUGAUAUCAAAGAGAUGAAGUAUCUCAGAGCGGUCCUCAAUGAAACACUGCGCCUUUUUCCUGCUGUCCCCUUUGAUGUGAGGGAAAACAUACGUGAGACCACAUGGAUAUCCCCCGAAUAUGGGAAGAAGCCACUGUUUAUCCCACAGGGAACCAUGGUCAGCUAUUCAGUGUUCCUUAUGCACCGGAGAACUGAUCUGUGGGGACCAGACGCAUUGGAGUUCGAUCCGGAUAGAUGGCUCGACGAGCGCGUGAAGAAAUACCUGAUUCCCAAUCCCUUCAUUUUCCUGCCAUUUAACGCAGGACCCAGAAUUUGCUUAGGGCAACAAUUUGCAUACAACGAAAUGUCGUUCAUGAUCAUUCGUUUACUGCAAAACUUUUUGACGAUUACACUAUCCCCCGAGCCGGCGAUGCGCCCACCUGCGUGGUGGGCUGAGAAAGACGGUCGACAGGCUAUCGAGCAAUUCAGGCCGAGAAACCACUUGACACUUUAUGCCAUGGGUGGUAUGUGGGUUAAGAUGGAAGCUGUAGACGACGUCGAAAUCAUAAACUAAUUAUGAUAUUGGUACUGUGGGACAAUACUGCAACGUUAUUCAUUUUUAUUUUGGCUGCCUGUCUUGUUGUUAUUGCUGUUGUAUAAAUAUGUGGGGUAGAUCGGAACAUUCUCAUACCUGCCUAUAGUUGGCCUAGCUUUCGAGACGUAGCGUCAGUGGGUCGUACUGCAAUACAAUGACAUGCACUAUCCGAGUUCGCGUCGCAAAAACGCACGAUUACGUCGGUGAGCUGUGAGCUUAUUUUUGUCGCUCAGCCUAUCCCUCGGUUUCUUCCU